ACCUGCUCCCAGCUUCAGGUGGUGAGGAGAUGACCAGAGGGUUCCUGCAGGAGCUGGUAAACAUAUUGUUGGAUUAUAUCAGCAAGUCAAGUCAGAGGAGCUCCAAGGUCCUCGACUUCCACCAUCCUCACCAGCUGAGGGAGGGAAUGGAGGGCUUCAGUCUGGACCUGCCGGACCAACCAGAAACUCUGGAGCAGAUACUAGUGGACUGUAGAGACACACUCAAGUAUGGUGUCCGUACAGGCCAUCCCCGUUUCUUCAACCAGCUGUCUUCAGGUCUGGAUGUGAUUGGUGUAGCAGGCGAGUGGUUAACCUCUACAGCCAACACCAACAUGUUUACCUACGAAGUGUCUCCUGUUUUCAUCCUCAUGGAGGACUUUCUGCUGAGGAAGAUGCAAAGCAUUGUGGGAUGGUCUGACGAUGAGGGAGAUGGAAUCUUCUGUCCAGGAGGCACAAUAUCCAACCUGUACAGCAUCCUGGUGGCCAGAUUCUACUUCUACCCAGAGGUGAAGUCCAGAGGGAUGGGAGUUCUGCCUCAGCUGGCCCUCUUCACCUCAGAACAUAGUCACUAUUCAGUAAAGAAAUCUGCAGCCGUGCUGGGGAUGGGCAGUGAGAAUGUGGUCGUGGUGAAAUGUGAUGAAAGAGGGAAAAUGAUUCCUGCUGAACUGGAGUCUGCCAUUGUUGCAGCUGAAGAAAAGGGUUUGGUUCCAUUCUAUGUGAAUGUGACAGCAGGCACCACGGUGUACGGAGCCUUUGAUCCUCUCAAUGCCAUCGCUGACAUCUGCCAGAGACACACACUGUGGAUGCAUGUUGAUGCAGCGUGGGGUGGAGGCCUGUUGAUGUCAGAAAGGCACAGGAUGAAAUUGCAGGGCAUUGAAAGAGCCUGGUCAGUAACAUGGAAUCCUCACAAGAUGAUGGGCGUCCCUCUGCAGUGCUCUGCCAUACUAGUUAAGAAGAGAGGUCUCUUACAGGGGUGUAAUGAGUUGGGGGCUGAGUACCUUUUCCAGACAGACAAACCCUACGAUGUGAGCUAUGAUACUGGAGAUAAGAGCAUCCAGUGUGGCCGACAUGUCGAUGUCUUUAAACUCUGGCUCAUGUGGAAGGCAAAGGGCUCAGAGGGCUUUGGAUCUCAGGUCAACAAAUGCUUGGAGAAUGCUGAAUAUCUGUAUGAUCAACUGCAGAGGAGGACAGACUUUGAAUUGGUGUUCAAAAACAAACCGGAGCACAGUAACGUGUGUUUCUGGUACAUCCCUCCCAGUCUGAGAGACCUGCCACCCGGACAUGACAGAGACAUAAGACUCCAUAAGGUGGCUCCUCGGAUCAAAGGCAGGAUGAUGGAAAAGGGCACAGUUCUGAUUGGCUAUCAGCCUUUUGGAGCCAAAGUCAAUUUCUUCAGGUGUGUGUUUUCCAAUCCUGCCACACAACAAGAGGACAUUGACUUCCUGCUGGAUGAGAUCACCCGGAUGGGUGACGACCUAUGACCUCUGAUAUGAUUAUUUGGUCUCAUGCUAGUUCAUGUCAUGUUUUGCUAGCCGACAUUGGAUCCAGCCUGGGUACACAGGUUCCAGCUUUGCGCUACAGUCUCUGCUUAACAUUACAACUUUGGAUAAUUGUAUAGGAUGGUCUUACAGUGUAGGGGAGCCUUUUUUCCCAACUUUAAAAGAGUCAAUGUUUUUAAUAUUUACACUCUGACAAUGUUUUCCAUGCAAUCUACAAGCUCCUCUGCUGUGAGGUUUUAGAGUCACCUAAAUCAAGUCAAUGUAUCUGAAAAUAUUGUUUGUCUUAAUGUAGAUACUGUAGACCAGGGCUCCUUAAUAGUUUUCAGGUCAAAGACCCCUUAGCUGAAAGAGAUGGAGCAGGGACCCCUACUACAUAUGUAUACAUUUGAUUUGCAUAUUGAACUGGGCCUAGAUAACAUGUAGGGUGGCCUAAAAUGCAAAAUUCCUUUUUAUGGUGCAUACAAAACUAAGCUAUUAAAAUAAUAUGUAACAAUUGGGCACACAGUGAUUUAGCACACGCUAGCUAGCUCACGUGGUUGUAAGAGGAUUCAUGGGUAACAGUUACACUAUCAAUGUGUAAAUUAAAUGUUUAUUUUCUUACAAAUAGGCCAAUUUAUCUUUGCUAAUAAUAUGUUGGUUUCAUGUUGCUGUAAUGUGCAUUGUCAGAAGAAUACAACUUUCAAAACAAUCAAACCCCUAACUCUUCCUAUCAAACAGCUGCAGCAGUCAAUGUAUCGUACUGAGCGUUAACAUGUAUGCUUGUGACAGCCACCACUCUGCUUCAGUGUCACACACACACACACAGUGUCACAUUUGAGGGGGACUUUCUUUAAUAAACACCUGCAGAGUGUAGUCAGAGUUUUGUCAAAACUUGCCAUUUUAUUCAACUCUCAAGUCACAGGAAGUGCCCUAAAAAGAGAUUGGAGCAGGAAUUCUAAUUCAGGGAGCUUAAGCUUUAUUCUGGGCAUUAGGUGAAAAGACUAAAAACUAAAACCUAAGCCAUCUUGCUGUUAAGAUACAUUAAACCAUGUUUAAAUAACUCCAGAUAAACUUUGA